GUGCGCACGGAGGGCACCCGCGCCGGCGCCGCCCCCACGUGCGCGGCGAACCGCGGGCAGCGUGAUGUAGAGAUGGGGGCUCGCGUGACCCGCGCCUUCAGGAACUUCAACCUGGAGAACCGGGCGGAGCGGGAGCUCAGCAGGAUGAAGCCCUCCACGGCCCCCAAGCACCCGUCCACCCGCAGCCUCCUGCGCGAGCAGCUGAGCCAGCACCCAGAAAUCAAAGAGGAAGUUUCUAGAAAAGAUAACGAGCUGCUGUUGUUACUGAAAGAUGUCUAUGUCGAUUCCAGAGAUCCGGUGUCUUCCUUGCCGGUAAAAGAUGGUGAACUACAGCAAAAACCGAAGGAAUUCAGACUUCCCAUCGGACAUCACUUGGAUAAGAAUGUCACGGACAUUCCCAAAGGCAAAAUUUCUGUUGUAGAAGCAUUGACACUUCUCAAUAAUCAUAAACUUUCUCCAGAAACGUGGACUGCUGAGAAAAUUGCCCAAGAGUACUAUUUAGAACUGAAAGAUGUAAAUUCCCUUCUGAAAUAUUUUGUUACUUUUGAAGUCAAGAUCUUCCCUCCUGAAGACAGGAAAGCAAUACCAUCAAAAUGAAGAAAAUCGUAAAACAACAUCCUAUGUGUACUCCCAAGCUCUGUGUCCUUGUUUUUAGUGUAUUAAAUUAUACAGGUUACUGUGCACUGAAUGCCCCUACUUUGAGUGCUCUUUGACCUCUUCAGGAUUGUUCAUAGAAUGUUCUUUUCUUUUUUAAUUUAUGUAUGUGUAGUUCCUUGGUAUAUGUCAGCAUGGCCAAUCCCAUGUAUAAAUUAAUUACAAGUAAGAGAGGUAAUGUGUCAUUUUAGACACAGGAGCUUUUAAAUUGGUCCUGUGGCCCAAAUCAUUUAAUAUUAAGUUACACUUUCCAGCUUUGGACUGUUUAUUCUUUGUAGGAGACAUUGAAGCAAGAGCCCUCCUGACUCCUGUAAGAGUGGCAUUUGUUAGGGAAAGAGAUUCUCAGCAAUGAGACAUGGUGACUUAUUUCUCAAAUGAAGAAAGAGAGAGAACUGAGUACAAAAGCAGAAAAAUAUUUAUUACUACUCUCAAGAAUUUUUAUGUUUUGAAUUGGUUUUAAGUAGAAAAUAACUUUCUGUAACAGGUCAGCAGUCUCUCUUUUGACAAAUAGAAAGAGGUAACUUUUGGAGAGAUGGGUAGUACUUAGAACUAUUUGAACAAAUAACUUCUAAUUUAGAAAUAAGAGAAAUAUGUAAGGAACAUUAAAAGGAUCUGAAUUCCAUGGUCAGAUGUUUAUACCUGUUUUCAUUCUAGGAGAAAAUGUAGCAAGCAAAAAUAAAAAUACAGUCCGUGAAGGACAAGGGAAAUUACCAGUUCAUUCACGUAAACUCGGGAGCAUAACACACUCCAGUAACAGAAUCUCAGAUGAGGUAAUAUGGCAUGUUAUACCUGUGAGUUCUUGGCUGUAUUGUUUGGCCUCUCUGUAACUUAAUUGCUAUAAAAGUAUAAUGCACCUUGUAUGAGUUCCAGGACAGUGGUGACAAUAAAUGACAAAGGACCAAGCAAAUAAAAAUUCUUGUAGUUAAGGUGGAUGUCUAAAGAACAUGUGACUGAAUUGUUUGUAGUUUAUGGUACAAGGAGCCAGAAUUUAGAUUUUCAAAAUGCUACUAGUAUUUUGUUCUAUUAUGCCAAAAAGAAACACAUUUCAAAAGGAUGGAAUGGAGGUUGGGGGGAUUGGGAUUGUCCAUAUGCUUUCAAGGGAAGACAGAUUAAUUUCCCUCAAGAUUCCCCUGGAAAUGAUGUGGAAAAUGAGAGGAAUUCAGUGUGGUGAUAGAAUGAGGCAAGUGUAACAGGAAAGACAGGAAGUAAAAGGGAAGUUUGUAAGCUUUUUUCAAACCUAGUACCAGUGAAUAAACUAUACCUAGUCAUUUGUUGUUCAAUACAGAAGUUUAAGAGAACACACUAAUUCUAAUCAGUGCAAAAUUACAUUUGAAAACUCAAUCGGUUAAAACCAUCCUCUUUUCAUUCAGAAUGAAUACUUGAGUCACUAGUACUGCUACUUUUGACUCAGUUUUGCUGUGUGCUUAGGCAGAUUAGGUAAUAUGGUUUCUAUUAUAUGGAAUCACAAUAAAAUACUUCCAUUUUACACUUCA